AUGGAAGGUUUGAGUCCUGAAGACAGAGAAAACAUGAUUGACUAUGUCUGGUCAAUGACGGGCCUCACAGACGACGAUUACUCACCAAGGUAUAUGUGCUCGGAAGAGACAGUGAUGCGUGAAUGUGAACAAGGAGUGCGAGCCUUCGACAUAGCUGCAGAAAUGGUGCGUCGAAUGGAAGAAGAAGCUGAAAAUGGAGAGGUUGUAGAAACAGAAGAAGGGCGGUAUGACCGCUACAUGAGGUCAGAGCUUGAUGAUGUUUCUGACCCAGGAUACUGGCAUGACAUUCGAGCAGAACCUGAAAGUGAACAUUCAGGUGAAUCAGAUGAGAUGGCGUCCGACCCAGAGACGUUCGAGGAGAAGAAGCAUCGAUACAUGCUAUGUGAGAAACACGAAGCUUCAGAUGGUGAGCUGUGGCAAAAGCUUCAUGAUGCUCAAAUGGCGGAAGUUCGAAGUGAGGAGCAUUUGGAAGGUCCCGACGGAUUCAAACCUUUCAGAUGGCCCUUCACGUUGUUCUUGCGACAAGGUCACUGUAGUGCUACUUCGACAGCUCUCCUGCAGCGCAAACGUGAAGGGCAGCCGCAAAGGGUCAUCAUGCUAAGCGAUUUAGAGAGCCCGUACGGAAGCAACUUUGCCUUUGAAGACAGUCUGUACGGAAGCACCACUCUCACAUCUCUCACGGGCAAAUUCAGCGUCUCUUACGAUCCAGCGAUGUACCAGGGCACACCUUCUGAGAUUGUUGACAUGCAGGAGAAGAGCAAGCAGGCCUUCAAACAGGCCAUUGCCUUCCUUCUAGGAGAUGGCAUCCAAGAUGAUGACAUUGUGCUGCGCUUUGAACCAAUGGCAGCAUUGAUUCAAGCGAAACAACAGCAACAACCGCAAGAAAUUGCAGAAGCACUCGUCUUCUUUACGUUCCCGGUGCCAGCUGGUGAUGUAGCCACCAUGGUACAGGUUGUGGAAGGGAUGCAACCGAAGCUGAUUUGUGCAUCAUUGAAGAAUUCCUUGUCCAACUUUGGAGUGCCGGACACAGUGGAGGUCACUUCUGGUGUGACGAUGGAGCCCAUUCAACCUCCCAGUUCUACGACUACGACUACAACCAGCGCAGGUCACAUGACGAACAUCACCGGAAGAUUCGUGCUUGCAUACGAUGCAUCAAUUUAUACACAGGGCACAGCAGCUGAGAUCGCCGACUUACAGGAGAAGUCGAAGAAGGCUUUCGAGCAAUCUCUUGCAGCCCUUCUAGGACAUGGUGUCAAAGGUGAGGAGAUCACAAUGGUCUGGAAACCAGUUGCAGCUUUGAUUCAAUCGAAAGAACGACGCGAACUGAGUGAGGUGAUCUGCUUGUUUACGUUCCCGGUGCCACCUGUUGAUGUAGCCACCAUGGUAAAGGUUGUGGAAGAGAUGCAGCCGGAUACUCUUUCUGCAUCAUUCAAGUCUUCCUUGUCCGAAUUUGGAGUGCCGGACACAGUGGAGGUCACUUCUCUUGUCACUGUGGAGCCUCCCAGUUCUACGACUACGAGCCCUCCUCCGGGUCCUUCGACCACCCCCAGCCCGUGUGGUGGAGGAACGCCCAGCCCUGCAAGCACCGUUGAGGGAAGUUUCCUUCUCAGUUAUGACCUUGUCGAUUGGAAUGCGACCGCGGAGGAAUUGGAGAAGCUAAAGGCCACCGGAACCGCGGCCAUUCAGAACAGCCUCGCCUUGCUCAUUGGCCAUUCAGUGAUGGGACAGGAUAUCCACGUGAAUUACACACCCGUGGAGGCAGCUUUCCUGCAGACGAAGGAGUCGAACCUUUCGAUUGCAGUGAAAGUCGUCUUCACCUUCCCUUGUCCACAGGACAUCACACCGGAGUUGCUCUCCCAGGCUGUCGCCCAGAUCACAGAGGCAGAAUUGACGACAGCCAUGGACGAUGUCUUUAUCACUGCAGGGAUUGAUGCAAACGUGUUGAACCUGAAAGUCAGCAUCAUCACCUCCACAUGGUUCUAUGGAACUCCUACGACCACAACAACCACGACUACGAGCACAACAACUACCUUGCCAUUUACAAUAGAAGAUGUCCAUCCUUGUGCGAGUUUCGAGGAUUUUAUGCCCCAGGCCAAGAUGUCUGAAUAUGGCUGGUGCGAAUAUGAUGCAAGCACAGCCAAUGUUUCAGAGUUGGCAUGCCUUGAUGCUGGAUGUCAGAGCUAUGAUGCUGGGGACGGCCCGCCAUACUGCUACUGCGACACAGAGGUCAAGUGCGCAGCACUAGGGUUGACGUGGAUGUACCACACCUGCGAACGUGAAAUGUCUGCGUACAUGCACGGGGAAUAUCCGGCCUUGAUUGAAAGUGCUCGCAAUCAGGGCACCUGCUCCGGUUUAGAGACCAGCUGGCACCAGAACAUCGAACAGGUUCUGGAAUGGCCAGCCAGGAUGUGCUGCAGAUCUUGGCCCAAAAAGUUGUGUGAUGUUAACGCAGAGCUUGCAACCCCGUGCAAGGACCCUGCUGAUUUCAUGCCGGACAACAUUCUUGACCAAGGUUUCAGCACCACGUGUAAAGAGGCCCUGAUGAACUGGUGGGAAGAGUACACCCUCUUGGAGAACGCAUCGAAGACAGGCUGCGAUGGUCUUCAAACCAGCUGGGGAGAGAAAUUGGUCGAUUUUGUUGUCUAUCCAGCACAGCACUGUUGCCGCUCAAAAGUUGCCACGCUUUGUGAGCCUGACUUGAAACCCAUGACGCCCUGCAAGGAUGAGUCUGACUUCCAACCAGAGAAAUUGCUUCACGAGUGGUGUGAAGUGUCUUCCAACGCGACGGACUGUGGAGCCGGCUGUCAGGACAAUGGUGGCCAUUGCCACUGUGGCACAGCUACGUCCUGCGAGGCAGCUGGAGGAAAGUGGAUAACCAACACUUGUGGUGCUGAAUUUCUUGACAGUAGAGACAGGGUGUUGAUUAAGGCACUGAACGAAGCUGCCAACGGCACCAGUUGUAACGACUUGGACGUUCAUGGUGCAUCUCUCACCGACUCCAUCAGCUGGUCGGCGCAGACAUGCUGCAGCUCGUGGCCAGGAUCGAUUUGCAACAAAGAUGCUAAGAGGAUGACGCCUUGCAAGAGUAGCAGUGAUUUCAAUCCGGACAAGGUGAUGUGGGCUUACUGCGACUUCUAUUCCAAUGGAGCCACGAUGCCAAAUGCCUCCACAUGCCAGGCCCAGAAUGGGUGCCGCGGAGAUGAGCACUGGUGUGAUUGCUCCGAUCAGAGCUCUUGUGAGGCUGUCGGAGGCACUUGGCAGUCGCACACCUGUCAGAAAGAGAUCGAUCAGUGGUCGCACCUCGGACGGUCGAAGCUGUCGGCCUUUUUGGUGCAAAGUGUUCACAAAUGUUCACAUGUUUCCAAUGGCCGAUAG